GCUGCACGGCAGCAUGGCGUCUGUGGCGCUGAGCGAGGCAGAGAAAGUGUACAUCGUGCAUGGCGUCCAGGAAGACCUCCGUGUGGAUGGCCGUGGCUGUGAGGACUACCGGUGUGUUGAAGUGGAAACUGAUGUGGUGUCCAACACUAGUGGAUCUGCCAGGGUCAAGCUGGGUCACACAGACAUCCUGGUGGGAGUGAAAGCAGAAAUGGGGACACCGAAGCUGGAGAGACCAAAUGAAGGCUACCUGGAGUUUUUUGUUGACUGUUCAGCCAAUGCUACCCCUGAAUUUGAAGGUCGAGGAGGUGAUGACCUUGGCACAGAGAUCGCUAACACCCUGUACCGGAUAUUUAACAAUAAGAGCAGUGUUGACCUGAAGUCCCUCUGCAUCAGUCCUCGGGAGCACUGCUGGGUCCUCUACGUGGAUGUGCUGCUUCUGGAAUGUGGUGGAAAUUUGUUCGAUGCCAUCUGCAUUGCUGUGAAGGCCGCUCUCUUCAGCACAAGGAUACCAAGGGUUCAUGUUCUAGAGGAUGAAGAGGGGUCGAAGGACAUUGAACUGUCUGAUGAUCCUUACGACUGCAUCCGACUAAGUGUGGAGAAUGUCCCCUGCAUCGUCACUCUCUGCAAGACCGGCAAGCGAGUGGGCAAGGUGCUGCAUGCCUCCCUGCAGAGCGUUCUACACAAGGAAGAAAGCCUGGGGCCCAAGAGGCAGAAGGUUGGAUUUCUGGGGUGACUGGCAUGCAACCCCUGGACUAUUUGUUUUUUACUUUUGCAUUUAAACCGAAGUUUGUAUAUAUUUUUCUUAAUUGUAAUGCAUCGAAGGCAACAUUUGUACACACAAAAUUAAAGUCUAUUUUCUGGUCUGGUUUGGUAUUGCUAAGUUCUUCAGCUGCAUGCCCUGACACCAUUCAAUUCAGAGAUCUACUGCCAAGAGAGAGGGACAGGGGCCUCCAGGGAGAUUCCUGACAACAGAGUUCAAAAUGAUGACUGCGAACACUGUACUAAAGACCUGGCAGAAAGUGGCUUAAAGGAAGUGCUUAUGCUACAUGUUUUGUGGUUUUUUGUUCUUUUUUUUUUCUUUCCCCUCUGUAGAACUUCAAAAUAAGAAUAACAAAGAGCAGUUACUUACUUUGUGUAUUUGGUGCUUCUAUGGCAGGGAGAAGGGAAGCCCACUGCCUCUUGGGUGCCCAGCCUGGCUGGCCAGCCUUCCUGAGUCCUGCAUCCAAGAGAUCCGGGCGGAGCUCCUUCAGGCCAGGAGCUCGGCCAACUUCUCUUAUCACUCUGGUUUUGCAGUUGUUUUAUAACCACUCCUUGGUGUUUUGUAAGAUUUCAUGUUAU